AAGUGACAAACGACAUAUAUUAUUUGAAUUCAUUAAGCCCUGCACCAAUCAAGGUUACGUUUUGGUUGUCCUUUCGUUGCCUGCCUGUGCUCAGCCUCAUCAAGCGACGAGUUCGUGUGGCGCCAGACAACGGCUCGGACUCCAAAACCCCAGACACCACGUAAUUCUUGAGAACAGCAACAAAAUCACUGCUUUUCAAUCGCCCUCCCAACAUAAAACCACCUUAGACGCUUCCGACCCUCGUCUAUGUGACAUACGCACUUCAAACCAUCCCCGCCUGAUCUCACGUUGCGCAUUUGCUGAAGCUUUGGAGCUGUUGUUGAUCAACCUCUCAACCUCGACCCACAUUUCGACUUCCGCUGAUUCCAUCACACACACGCAAAGAUGACGAUCGCAGAGGAAUUCGCCACGAGGAAUUUCAGUAUUUACGGACAAUGGACCGGAGUAAUAUGUAUCUUCCUCUGCUUCGCCCUGGGCAUAUCGCAUCUAUUCCACAUUAGCAUCUUGAUCCUUUUCGGAGCUCUCUGCCUCGCAAGCUCGUUCAUCAUCAUCUUCAUCGAGAUCCCUCUCCUCCUUCGCAUCUGCCCUACCUCCGCCAAAUUCGAUACCUUCAUGCGCCGAUUCGCAACGAACUAUAUGCGUGCCGGCAUCUACUUUGCCAUGGGCCUCAUCCAAUGGCUUAGUAUAAUUGCCGACCCAACAAGUCUAAUCGCCGCAGCGAUUAUGCUUACGCUUGCUGGUACAUUCUACGCUUUGGCAGGAGUAAAAGGGCAGGGCUUUGUGGGAAGCAAGACACUUGGUGGGCAAGGAGUUGCACAGAUGAUCAUCUAAGUAACUCCGAGAGAUGAGUAGCAAUGAGGCAUGGAGGAACUGAAGCAUGGAGGAAGCUGCAUUGGACGGCCGAAUGAAGUUGAGGGACAUGAUUGCGGAUUGCUUGAUGGUAGAAAAUGGGGAGAGCAUUGAGUUUAGGGCCUGGCGUUCCGGAUUUUGCACCUGGUUGGCCUGGCCGGAUUACGGGUUUUCUUUUCCAAGAAAGGUUGAGGAGUUUCAACUACCGUACUUCUAUAUCUCGUUUUCCUACGAGGUACAAUCCAAACUUG